ACACCGGUGAGUCUCCGGAGACAGUUUACUCCAGGCGCUCCAGGCACACACCCACGCACGUACGCACGCACGCAGACAGUCCGCCCCGCCACGAGGGUUCAUUCGUCCACCUGCUCAGCAGCAAGGCAAGAAUGAAAUUGGAAGUUUUCUCCGCGCUGCACUUCGCUGCCAAGCCGCUCGAGUUUUGCGCCGAAACCGACGUCGACGCAGACGCAGGGAUCCACUCUCCUCUGUCUGGGGACGAGCUGGGGUCGGACGGGGACUGCGCGGCCAGCAGCCCGCCGCCCGUCACCCCGGGCGCGCAGGACCCGAGCAAGGGCAGCAAGCCCUACACGCGCAGACCCAAGCCGCCCUACUCCUACAUCGCCCUCAUCGCCAUGGCUAUCCGGGAGUCCAGCAGCGGCCGCCUCACCCUGGCCGAGAUCAACGACUACCUGAUGAACAAGUUCCCCUUUUUCCGCGGCACCUACACCGGCUGGAGGAACUCGGUGCGCCACAAUCUGUCCCUCAACGACUGCUUCCUCAAAGUGCUGCGGGACCCGUCCAGGCCUUGGGGCAAGGACAACUACUGGAUGCUCAACCCACACAGCGAGUACACGUUCGCCGACGGCGUGUUUCGCCGCAGGAGGAAGCGCAUCGCCAAGAGGUCCCCAUGCAAGGAGCAGGAGGGCGCGGACGUCACGGGGGACGAGGCGCACCUCCACCCCGCCCCCGAGGAUAGGGUGGGGGCCAAGUUCUCUGGCCCCUUCGCAAUCGACAACAUCCUCGGCAAGCCCUUUAAACGCAAGGAGGACGACUACGACAACCCGCGCGCGCACCGGCUCUUCUGGUCCUCGGGGGCCCAGCCGCCCUACGCUCUGAACUUUCCACUGCAUCACAGCUACCUGUCCGAGGCAGCGGAACCCAGAGGGGACCCGCUUGCGUACCUCCAUCACAAAGCUCGACUGGAGGCCGCGUCCCACACCCCCAAGACGCCCUCGAAGGCGCCAAGCUUUCACAUAGACUCUCUGCUCUCUUAAGGACACACACAAAAUGUAAAAUGUAUACACCGGGGCCAGCUCACAUGGCGACGCAAACGACGCGUUGUCUUCGUCGUGCGCGAGGUUAUCCACGGGACAUUUCACUGCAUGGCGCUCGUACAUGCAUAGGUGUGUGUGUUGCGGGGAGACGUGUUUGUUUUCCCGGAUCCUUUGUUGUUUGUGUGACGGUGUGCGAGGGCCACGCUGAGACCUAAAAUUAUUGGUCGCUCAAUUGCAUGAACUGCUGUGUGCGAUGUGGCGAGAAAUCCUUGGCACCAUGCAUCAACUCAAUGACUGAGCUGCACUCGAACUCAUCAUGGAAGUGCAAAGGUUUCGCCAAAUGUGUCUGCAACUUGCAUGCCUAUUAUUUUCAUGAAUAAAACAAGUUAAGUAAUUAUA